AAAAUGGAGUAUGGAGUAUGACUGUAUGGUGUCCACAUAGACCGUUAACUCCAAGCUACAUAGCCGGCGCCAAAUAUUCUUUCAUUCUCUCUCUAGAUCUCUUCCCCCUUAAAAAUCCUCUCUCUCUCUCUCUCUUCCUCUCUUCCACUCUCUUUCUCUCUCUUGUACAUACAGUAUGUAGCAUAAUAUAUAUAUAUGAACCCUACACGUACAUAAUUGUAUGUAGAUGUUUGUUUAGCUUCCGACUGAUCACUAAUCUGAUGAUGGAAUCAAGUGGGUUUUCUUCGCCGAGGACUGAAUGUUUUCCGGCGGGUCUUAGGGUUCUUGUGGUUGACGAUGAUCCUACGUGGCUCAAGAUUCUUGAAAAGAUGCUUAAGAAGUGCAACUAUGAAGUUUCAGUGACGACAUGCAAUUUGGCGCGAGAGGCGCUAAACAUACUACGCGAGAGAAAAGACGGAUUCGACAUUGUAAUAAGUGAUGUCAACAUGCCCGACAUGGACGGUUUCAGGCUUCUAGAACACGUUGGUCUCGAAAUGGAUCUACCUGUCAUAAUGAUGUCGGUUGAUGGAGAAACGAGCAGGGUGAUGAAAGGCGUUCAACACGGUGCGUGCGAUUAUCUCCUCAAGCCAAUAAGAAUGAAGGAGCUUCGAAACAUAUGGCAACAUGUCUUUAGGAAAAGAAUACACGAGGUGAGAGAUAUCGAAGGCUACGAAAGUAUAGACGAAAUUAAUAAUAUGAUGAGAUGUGGGACCGAGCAAUUCGAAGAUGGAUUCUUGUUUAGUGGCGAUUUUAUUACCGGGAAGAAAAGAAAAGACGUCGAUAGUAAGUACGAUGAUCGAGUGUGCGGCGAAUCUUCUUCAUCCGCUAAGAAAGCUAGAGUCGUUUGGACCGUUGAUCUUCAUCAGAAGUUUGUUAGGGCUGUGAACCAGAUCGGGUUCGAAAAAGUUGGACCGAAAAAAAUACUUGACUUGAUGGGAGUGCCGUGGUUAACAAGAGAGAAUGUUGCUAGUCACUUGCAGAAGUAUCGACUCUACUUGAGCAGGUUGCAGAAAGAAAACGAGCUAAAAUCCACCUUCGGUGCCACCAAAGAACUCGAUAUCUUUUCGAAAGAUCAUUCUAUUUCUGCACAUCAAAUCAUUCAAGCCAACGAAACUUAUGCCGAUAAAAUCUGCGACAAAAACGAUCUCGCAAAAACGAGUGCCUCAAUCAGGAACGAUUUUUAUCCGGACGUAAAAUCCGAACCCAAAAUUCAAGUUCACUACUCCUGGAAUAGUGAAGCUCCACCCCUCGAGUUGAUCAAGAAAGAUGGUAAUAAUAAAACAGUACAUUUCCAUUCCGAAUACACGUUCGAUAAACGAGCACAAACGGGCCCCACGCCUUGGAACACAAGCGGGCCCCACAGCUUCGAUGUUCUCGAAACUCCUUCAACGGCAGAAGCUGCUAUUAGGUUGUGGGAUGAAGAAUUCAAUGAUUAUUCGCCGCAAGGUGAUUUCUAUCCUCCGAUCAAUGCUUAUAUCGGAUACGAUAAUCAAGAACUUAUUGACGGUGUUCCGCCGCACUUGUAUGAUUCGUUGAAGUUCGAUUCUUCCGUGGGUCCCGGUGAAUCGGUGGAAUAUCAUGUAAUAGAUCAAGGUCUGUUUGCAUGAUCUAAUUUGCUGGUGAUAAUUAUUAUUAGGACAUAUAUAUUUUAUUUUUUGCUUGUUUGGUUAAGUGGUUAUCUUCCAAUGAAGAAAAAACAAAAGGUGACUUUCUAAUAUUUUUGAGUUGCCUGUGGUGUAAAGAAACUAUCUUUCUGCUUUUUAGUGAACAUAUUGAUGUUAAGA